AUGAGCCGCAAGCCAGCGACGACGACAGCCACUGGCGAUAUCGCCGGUUCAACGAUGAUGAUCCUGCUCGUCAAGAUUCAGCCUGUGGACGUAUACGCGUCCGCUCGUGUGGAAAGCCAGCGUCGCUACAGUAGCCAGCCACAGGAGCGGCGAGUACGCACGCUGGGCAUGUUGUGUUGUGCAUUCCGAUUUUCUUGCCGCGCACUCAACACCAAGAACGAAGGACGGACAAAGAAAGCAGACAGGCUCGGUGGACUGCACGUCGUUCUUCGACGAUCGACUAGCUCGAGAACUGAGCUCAACGCAAAGAACUACAUGUACGAAGCUUAG